AUGGCUGGUCCGACGGUUAUAGACUGGGCGCCCGCACGCGCAACAGAUAUACCGCCCGCCCAGCCAGCAGCAGCUGUUGCUGUCCCGUCUCCGGCGCGGCGCGCGCACGCAGCUGGGCCGUCUCACGACGCCUCCACGACCCCCCGGCUUGCCUCCACGGCCCGUCCGGCCAUCGCGCCGGUCAUCACUGGUAUCUCGGGUGCGUCUGAUCGGACAUUCGACCGUGAUAAAGAGUGCCCGCCGCCCACUACGCUAUCGCAUCAAUGUACGGAAAACAGUGGCAGAAACAUUAAGCGUAAAAAGGUUCGUUUGCAAUCGGUUAAUGCGUUAGGCUUUAUCGAAUUACAAUCUACGUUCAAACCAUAG